CAGGUCUCUAUAUAUUCUAUUCAAUACUAAACUCUUACGUGAUUGGUGCUUCAAUAUCGUACCCUCCUUCCCAAAAUCUUUCUCAUAAUUCACUGUAAAUCUAGGAAUCCAUGAAAACCCAAGAAAAUUACCAGCAGCAGCACUCCCAUGUCCAAGAAGAUGAUCAUGAUCAUCAACUACCAGAAGAAGAAGAAGAAGAAGAAGAAGAAGAAGAACCACAGCUCCAAGAACUAGAAAAACAACGUAAUCAUCCCAUCCCAAUUCCACUACCAGUCACCAUGCACUACUCUUCUUCUUCUUCACCUCCACCUAAACCCCCUCCUAAACUCCCUUCCUCACGCUUUGAUUCUCCUAUUCGUUCCUCGGAUCAUUCCUCCCUAUCUCAUGGCUAUGUAUUCUCUCAUGCACAGCUCAAUCAAUCCAAGUACGAAUCUCCGCCGGAAGAUCAAAUCUCUCACAGUUAUGUAUUCUCAUCAUCGCCAGAUGUUAAUCCCGUAAAGCCUUCGUCUCCUCCACUCCCGGAAGCAGCUGCGGUGCCGGUUUCCAAAGUUGGGUCCGAAACCCAAGACGAUGAGGUCGUUAAAUCAGUCGAAGAUGGGGUUGUUGGUCGCGGUGGCAGUAGUAGGAGACGAGCAAAUUUCUCAAUUUCAGGGAAAAAGAGGGAGGUUACAAAGAGAAAGACUUUGCUGGGUUUUAGGUUUUUUGGGUUGGUGUUUUGCUUAGCUUCGUUCUCGAUCAUGGCUGCUGAUAAAAAUCAGGGUUGGGCACUUGACUCUUUCCAUCGCUACAAGGAGUUCAGGUACUGUAUGUCAGUGAAUGUGAUGGGUUUUGCGUACUCAGGCCUGCAAGUGUACGAUCUCGCCAACUCUUUGGCCGCAGGGAAAUUGGUUUCCCAGAAUCAGCUCCGGUACUACCUGGAUUUUUCUCUUGAUCAGAUUUUGACAUAUCUGCUCUUAUCAUCAUCAUCAUCAGCUACUUUCAGAUUUGAGGAAUGGGAAUCCAAUUGGGGUAAGGACAAGUUCCCAGCAAUGGCAAGAUCAUCUGUGGUAUUGUCCUACCUGGCAUUUAUAGCCUUUGCUUUAUGCUCUCUAAUAUCUGGCCAUACACUUUUUACACCUAAAUCUAUGUAGUUUAUAAUUGUUGGCGUAGUAUGAUUUGUAAUAAGAGUCUUAUAGGGCCAAGUUAUCCUUAUGCUCAGAAAAUAUUUCAAAAUGUGUACAGAAAAAUGCUGGUUUAUCAUCACUAGUGGAUAUGGUUGCUAUACAUGUUCUAAUCAGAAGGGCGCAAGAGUCUUAAAUAUAGUCUGAUUAUUGAUA